UGAAACACCUUCGGAAACUGGAAACAAAAAUGAGAAUUAAAAUGCCCGCGGUUCGAAUUGCACAAGAUUCCGACUCCACAGAGAACGAUGCCGUGGCCACACAGGACAUCCUCACGUGCGGCGCCUGCCAGAAGGCGUUCGCCCUCUCGGACAUUGUCAAGUUCAUCCAGCACAAGGUGCUGCAGUGCAACAAGGAGAACUACGGCCAGUGCGCCACCCAGAAUCCGCAGAUGGAUCGCGACGCGGAGGAAGGUCGCCCGCUCAGCCUCGUCAAUCGCCGCCCCUCGAUCUCCGCCCCCAUAACCGGUCGCAAGUCCGCUCCAGCGUCGGCGGCAGCGGCAGUUGCAGCGGCAGCAGCAGCGGCGGCAGCAGCGGCGGCGGCGGCCAGCAGUACGGCCAGCGGUUCCAGGAUACACACACCACCACCGAGUCCGGCGGACCUUUUGGCCGACGGAGCCAGCAGCACACCCAAGCGCUUAGUAGACGAGAACGACAAUACCACGCCCAAGGACAGCGAGACGGGCGCCACCACCCUCGAUUCGAAUGCCGCCCCCUCCAGUCCAGCGGCCAUCGAGCGCCAAUCCUCCGGCGACAGCAGCUGCGACUUGGAGGAGCAGCAGGAGCAGCAGGAUAAGCAGAAGCAGCAGGCGAAGGUCAAGCAGGAGCCCUACGACGACGAGAAUCAGAAUCUGAAUCAGGAAGUCGACGAUGAGGAUGAGGAGCUGGAGGAGCGCUCGCUGGCCAAGCGGCCCAAAAUGGAGCUGGUCGAUGCCGAGGCCAACACAGUCCACACAGAACCCAGCAACUACACGUGCUCCACGUGCAAAACCCGCUACACCUCCGCCUGGCGCCUCAUCCAGCACGUCCAGCACUCGCACGGCGUCAAGAUCUACGUGGAGAGUCCCGGCGGUGGCGCCACCCUGACGGUGGCCACGCCCGCCGCCCUCAACAACAGCGCCCUGGCUCUGGCCGCCGCCGCCGCCGCAGCAGCCUCCGCCAACGCCUCCGGUCUGGCGAGUCCACAGCCAGCGGUCAGUCCCAAUCCCGCAGUUACAUCGGCGGCCAAGAGGAGCAGUCCGCUGGGAGCGGCGGGUUCGGCCAUUCUGUCCACCUCGGUUAGCUCCACCUGCUCCAACUCGCUGGUGAACACCAGCGGUGGCAGCAUCAGCAACACCAGCAGCCUUGGCUCGCCGCAACAGCAACAGCAGCAGUUGCAACUGCAGCAACAGCAGCAGCAGCAGCAGCAGCAGCAGGCACAGCAGCAACAGCAGCGCGUGCAGCAGCAGCAGAGGGAGAAUCUGGCCUCCGCCAUGGCCGCCGGCAUGCGUCACCAUCCGCUGCUGCCGCCGCCAGAGGCCAUGCACGCCAAUCCCUUCCAGCUGCUGCGCAUGCCACUGCCGCCAGCUUUGGCCCAGGCCGGAAAUGUAGUUCCUACGGUGGCGCCGCUCUUCGGACGCCCCUCGCCCGCCGACCACUACCGCAUGGAGCAGCUGGUCAGCGAGCAGUUCCGCCACCAUGGCUUCAACCUGGCCGCCGCCGCUGCCGCCGCUCAGGCGCAGUUCAAUGCCAAUGGUCAGGUGGUCGGUGGCGUGGUCUCCGCAUCGGUUGAGCCACGUCCGCCGUCGUCGAGCAGCAGCGGCAGCCAGCGGGGAUCCGUGCCCCCAGCAGCCCUGCCGCCACCAUCUCUGAGCUCCCAGCAGCAGCAGCAGCAACAGCAACAGCAGCAAUCGUUGCAGCAGCAGCAGCAGCAAGGCGCCCAGCAGCAACUCCAGUCCGCACAGCAGCAGCAGCAGCAGCAGUCGCAGCAGCAAUCGCAGCAGCAGCAGCAGAUCACACCCGGUCUGGUGGGCGGAGCAGGUGGCUCGCUGAAACUGGAACCCCAGCAGAUGGAUUUUUACUCGCAGCGAUUGCGUCAGCUUGCGGGCACAACAAGCCCUGGAGCUGGCAGCACUGUUAACUCGAGCUCGCCGAGUCCUCGACAGAAGCAAUCGCCGCAUUUCGCGAGCCCCUCGCCCUCGCAGCAGCAGCAACAGCAAUUGGCCACCAUCCCGCGACCCCAUUCCCUCACUCCGCCCGAGAAGCUGGGCGAUGCCAGCUCCGAGAAUGGCAGCUUGGGACUAAUCCUGGCCAGCACGCCGCGUUCGGCGAGCACGCCACCCUCGAAGACGGGCGAUGUGUCCAUGCAGGAGCCAAUUGCCCACUGCUACUCGUGCAGCUACUGCGACAAGAAGUUCCGCUUCGAGAACAAUCUGAUCAUCCACCAGAGGACCCACAGCGGCGAGAAGCCGUACAAGUGCACCGCCUGCGACUUCGAGUGCUCCCACAUCCAGAAGCUGAUGAAGCACAUGCGGGUGCACCGCAGUCCGGCGGAUGAGCAGGACAACCCGGAUAACCAGGACGAUGGCAGCAAUGCCGACUCGCUGGAAACCAAUGAGGCCGACAACGACGAGGAUCCCAAUCCCGAUGAGUCCGAGGAGGAGUUGGGCGAUGGGGAUAACGAUCCCGAUGGCGAUGGUGACCUCGAUGGCGAGGAUGAGGACGAGGACGAGCUGGAGGAGUGCGAGGACAUGGACUACAAGGCAGAGGACCUCAGCGUUAGCAAUCGCAUCGAUGGCAAGAGCCAGAGCCCCAAGACGACCAGCUCGGGCGCCACUUCGCUGGUCGGUGAAUUGAUGGACAAGUUCGGUCUGUCCAACAUUGCCCAGUACAGUGAAGCCUACAAGCAGGCGCUCCAGGAGUCCGGCCGCAAGGAAGCCGCCGCCGCCGCCGCAGCCGCCGCUGCAGCAGCCGACAACAACAAUCGCGGUGGCGCCGGUGCUCCAUUGAGUGACAAGCUGAAUGGUCUGCCGGUGGCCGCACUGCGUCUGCGGGAUGAGUUCGCCAAGAACUGCAACAUGUUCCAGCAGCCGCAGGAUGCCGGUGCUCCGUCGCAAGUGCCGCUCUUCAAUCCAUUCCCCAAUCCCUUCGAGCUGAGCAAGCGGAUGAAGAUGGACGGCGGCGACUGGUGGGGCAUGUCGCAGGCCCUCCACCGGAAUGAGGCGCUGUUCGAGAACCUGAAGCUGAAGCCUCUGGGCCUGGGUGGCGCCAACUCGCUGAUCCAGGGACCGCUGCUCAAGAAGGAGAGUCGCCAGCGCAACGACACCUGCGAGUUCUGCGGCAAGGUGUUCAAGAACUGCUCCAAUCUGACGGUGCACCGCAGAAGCCACACCGGCGAGAAGCCGUACAAGUGCGAACUCUGCUCCUACGCCUGCGCCCAGAGCUCCAAGCUGACGCGGCACAUGAAGACCCACGGCCGGACCGGCAAGGAUGUGUACCGCUGCCGCUUCUGCGACAUGCCCUUCAGUGUGCCCUCGACGCUGGAGAAGCACAUGCGCAAGUGCGUGGUCAACCAGGGCAAGGCGGCGGCGGCUGCCAAUGCGGUGGCCGCCGCUCAGGCGGCACAGGCUGCAGCGCAGCACAUCCAGGCCGCCGCCCAGCAGGCGCAGGCGGUGCAGGCUCAGGCGGUGCAGGCCCAGGCGGCGCAGCAGUCGCAACAGCAGCAGCAGCAGCAGCAACUGUCGCCCAUGGGCGUCGUCGGCUAUCCGCCGCAGUUCGUCAGCGGUCACAAUCUCUCACUGCCGGGCAGCGUGAGCGGCGACAAUGACUCGAAUGCCUCCUCCAGCUUGACCGGCGUGCAUCCCAUCUCGCUCAAGGAGGAGGCAUGACUUUUUGGUGGUUUUCCCGUGCCGCUGGCGCCACCACCGCCACUGCAGCAGCAUCAGCCGCAUCAGUCGCAUCAGCAGCAUCAGCAGCACUCGCAGCAGCAGCAGCAACAGACCAGUCGCAGUCGCAUCAUGUCGCGCAUCUUCUAAAGGUGUCUAAACGAUUUAGAAAGCAAGCAGCAAAAAACACACCAGCCCCCUGUAAAUAUGACUUUUUUGA